AUGAAUACUUUCAAUAAAAGAAAAGCAAUCAAUGAAUUAAAUCAAAGUCGGGGAAAAAUUGUAACUGAAGAACUCUUUUUGGUUGAUAGUGAUACGUAUGCAAGACCUAAAAAUAAAUAUUAUGGAAUAUCAUUAGAAGAGGUAAUUAAUAAUGAAAUAAAUCCCUCAAGUAGUGUUGAUCACGUAUUAGGAAAGUAUAAAGAUUUUAAAUUUCAUUUAGUUGGAGAUAGUGCAUUUUUUCCCAAAGAUAAUUUAAAUCAUAUUGUAAAUAAAGGUUGGUUGGCAACAAUUUCAGAUUCCUCAAGUAGUAACAUUAACACAUUACUCAAAGAUACAUUAAAAGAUGAUAAAAGUUGGAUUGCAAUUGAAUAG